AUGCGGAUGACGAAGCUGGUCAUGUCUCGCGACACCGACGGAGGAGGAGGUGGGGCGCCGCCUGAUACGCCACUGCCGCCCCCCGGCGCCGCUUCCAGCUCCGAGAACUCUCCUGUUUUUGAUUUCAUCAAAACUCUGUCCCCGAUAGCGACAUCUAAGCGUCUAUACACUGCACCAAAUGCACAAUUGUUCAAGUCAUCAGAUUUGGCACAUACUUCUUCUAUCUUCACUUCGCCACAAGUUACUGAUUCACGAAAGGGAUCCAAGAUAUCAAUCGGGAAUACUUCUGCUCGACUUUCUCAAGAAGGCUUGUGUUCUUGCUGUCACACGACUCAAAUAGGAACCUCCUGUUAUAUAAAACAGUCUGAAGUCAUGACAAUUCCUUCAGAAAAUUGCAGUACAGAUUGUUCCCUCAGCCAGGCUUAUCAUGAUUCUCCUGGAAAUGCAUCAAUAUUACGAAAUAAUUUGCCUCAGCGCAUCCAACUUAGUAGUAAUACCUUGGGAAAUGAUAAGAGAGAAGACGAUAUUUCUGGCAAAACAGAUCAUGCAAAACUUCCAUUCUUUGAUCACAGUGGCCUAGACAAACUGGAGCAAUCGACUAGUGGAAUAAAUAUUCAGAAAAGAGAUUUGACUAAAAAACAUAAUGAUGAACUAGCAUGUAAUUGGGAUUACUUGAACAUUCAAUGUGGUAGCAGUGUUGUGCCAACACCAAAUCUGAGAUUAGAUACAUCAGCACAAUUGGUGGAGACACCAAGAAAUGAUAAUGUCAUGCAUAGUAAAUCUUUAUUGCCAAUUACACAAACAAAUUUGGAGAAUGCAGGAAGAAAGCUGUUCCAUGGAUCAGCUGAUUGUUAUGAGCAGAGUCUUGUAGAUAACGUUUCAUCAAAUUAUGUCUCUGGAAUUCCACCUUGCCAUAGUCUAAGUCAAUUGGUUCAAGAUCAUCAAUUCAUUGACACACUUGAAGUGCCCAGUGAUUGUAUGGCAAUGCACCACAGUGCUGUAACACACUAUCUACGUGGUUCGUGCAACCGCAAUCUCUUCAAUGAAAAGGUAAGGGAUCCUAUUAUGAGUGUACACAGAGUCUCAACUCCUUGUAGUCCACCCCGUACUACUAGGUGGAGAAGUUACUCUGAUGAUAACUACUUGAAUCCUGUGGUAUCCCCUGUCUGUCCACUACCUGGUCUUGAUUUGCAUUUCGAUGCCCUUUCCCAAAUGCCAAAAGAUAUGGUACUGGGUGACAGCAAGGCCACGGAGAACCCAUUCAAGAAGAAGAAAAGCGCUGUUAAUUCUACUCUUUUAACAUCUGAACACAACAGUGAAAUGAAUUCUGUUGUUCCUGGCAAUCAGCCGGUUUCCAAUACCAAUGAAAUGAACACUAGUACUCAAAACAACUACUCAUCUCAGGCAACAACGACAACAAAUGCUGGUGAUUCUGGGCAAGAAAAUCCCAAGAGAAAAAGGCAGAAAUGUCAAAGUGGCGACGUCGACUCAUUCAAACGGUGCAGCUGUAAGAAGUCAAAAUGCUUGAAACUUUAUUGCGAGUGUUUUGCUGCCAAAGUGCACUGUUCAGGAUCUUGCUCCUGUCGAGGGUGUUUUAAUGAUGACAGUCAUGAGGAAACAAUUUUAUCUACUCGCAGUCGGAUUGAAUCUCGUAAUCCACUGGCUUUUGCCCCAAAAGUAAUUCGCAGUUGUGGGUCUGGUCUGGCAUUUGGGGAAGACUCUACAGCAACUCCUGCUUCAUCUCGUCAUAAAAGAGGCUGCAAUUGCAAGAAAUCAUAUUGUCUGAAGAAAUACUGUGAAUGCUUUGAGAGUGGUGUGGGGUGCUCCAUGAGUUGCCGAUGUGAGAGCUGUAAGAACUCUUUUGGAAUAAGAAAAGGAAUUCAACUGCUAGAUAACGAGGAAACUGAGCGAGUGGACCCAAAAAAGAAGGCUCCUUUGAAGGAAGAACUACCUUGGAUUAUCAAACUUAAUGCAUUUGGUGAAACCUACCGUGUUCUUCCCAAUGAUAUUCUAUGCACAACACCUUCAAUUGAAUCUCACAGAGCUUUGGUCCUACCCCCAUCAGAAUGCUCCAAGACACUGCUAUCAUCAACAACUUUUUCCCAGCUAUAUUCUCCCAGCAAAACAGAUGUUCUGCCAUCUCCUUACCGGAGCUACACACAAAUGAUUCUUGAGAAUGACACAUCAGCUGAUAUGCAGCAAGGGGAUUCGUCUUGCACUGCCGGCUUCAAGGUUGUGUCUCCUAACAAGAAGAGGGUAUCUCCGAUGCGUAGUAGGAGUGACAGGCAAUUGGUCCUCAACUCCAUCCCUUCCUUUCCUUCUCUCACUGGUGAUGCAUGCCAACAGUGAGUUUCAGUGAUCUGAGUUCUAAUCUGUCACCUGAGGUUGUUUGUUUCUUGAUCUCCUCGAUCAACUAAAGCCUGGUAUAGUAUCUUGGAUGAGGUUUUGGACACUACUUACAUAUUUUUGACUGUACAGGGAUAGUUAAGCUGCUUCACAUCCUUUCCAGAGUCAGAUGCUCAGUAACUCCAGUUCAUACACUGCCUGCGGUCAUCGAUUCCUCCAUUCAAAUAUGCUGUUUUGUUCGCGCAAUUUUGUCCACACGCUAUUUUUUAUUCCCAUGUGCUUGUGGGAGACAAGGGUGUAAUAUAUGGAACCUCAAUUUUUACUUUAAAUUUGAAGUUAAUUUUAGAGGAUUUUCUCAUUAAGUUUGUU